UCGGACGUGUGGAGCAGCCACCAGGGCGGGCUGGUGGCGUUGUCCUCUUGGGCAGUUUCUUGGGCAAGGUCGUGCCUCCUUGAGGGCAGAGGCGCUGGUCACAGGGCCCUGACUCAGACUCAUACUUUCCCCUCAAAGCGAAUAGAGCCUUAGCAAAGCCGUCGCAGCUGGCUUUGGGGUAAUGCUGGCCUCCUUAGUUACGCUGAGCGAUGCAGCCCUCCUGGGGUCAUUCGGAACGCCCGGGAGAGUGGCCACUCCCGCCCCUGAGGGGGAAGGGUGGCCGGUUUCCAAGACCGGCUUGGUCAGGUGACAGCGGCGCGGCAUACUCAGCAGCAGAAACGGAAGAACAGCACUCGCGAACAGCGCUCGCGAGGCCGCGGGAGCCUGCAGAGAGGACAGCCGGCCUGCGCGGGGACAUGCGGCCCCGGAAGCUCCGCGGGCUCGCGCUCCCGCUGCUGCUGUUGCUGCUGCUGCAGCCGCCGCCGAGCUCUGCCCACAGCUCCACUCACUUCGACCCCACCUGGGAGUCCCUGGACGCCCGCCAGCUGCCCGCGUGGUUUGACCAGGCCAAGUUCGGCAUCUUCAUCCACUGGGGCGUGUUUUCCGUACCCAGCUUCGGUAGCGAGUGGUUCUGGUGGUAUUGGCAAAAGGAAAAGAUACCGAAGUAUGUGGAAUUUAUGAAAGAUAAUUACCCUCCUAGUUUCAAAUAUGAAGAUUUUGGACCACUAUUUACAGCAAAAUUUUUUAAUGCCAACCAGUGGGCAGAUAUUUUUCAGGCCUCUGGUGCCAAAUACAUUGUCUUAACUUCCAAACAUCAUGAAGGUUUUACCUUGUGGGGUUCAGAGUAUUCAUGGAACUGGAAUGCCAUAGAUGAGGGGCCCAAGAGGGACAUUGUCAAGGAACUUGAGGUAGCCAUUAGGAACAGAACUGACCUGCGUUUUGGACUGUACUAUUCCCUUUUUGAAUGGUUUCAUCCGCUCUUCCUUGAGGAUGAAUCCAGUUCAUUCCAUAAGCGGCAAUUUCCAGUUUCUAAGACAUUGCCAGAGCUCUACGAGUUAGUGAACAACUAUCAGCCUGAGGUUCUGUGGUCGGAUGGUGAUGGAGGAGCGCCAGAUCAAUACUGGAACAGCACAGGCUUCUUGGCCUGGCUAUAUAAUGAAAGCCCAGUUCGGGACACAGUAGUCACCAAUGAUCGUUGGGGAGCUGGUAGCAUCUGUAAGCACGGUGGCUUCUAUACCUGCAGUGAUCGUUAUAACCCAGGACAUCUUUUGCCACAUAAAUGGGAAAACUGCAUGACAAUAGACAAACUGUCCUGGGGCUAUAGGAGGGAAGCUGGAAUCUCUGACUAUCUUACAAUUGGAGAAUUAGUGAAGCAACUUGUAGAAACAGUUUCAUGUGGAGGAAAUCUUUUGAUGAAUAUUGGGCCCACACUAGAUGGCACCAUUUCUGUAGUUUUUGAGGAGAGACUGAGGCAAAUGGGGUCCUGGCUAAAAGUCAAUGGAGAAGCUAUUUAUGAAACCCAUACCUGGCGAUCCCAGAAUGACACUGUCACCCCAGAUGUGUGGUACACAUUCAAGCCUAAAGAAAAAUUGGUAUAUGCCAUUUUUCUUAAAUGGCCCACAUCAGGACAGCUGUUCCUUGGCCAGCCCAAAGCUAUUCUGGGGGCAACAGAGGUGAAACUACUGGGCCAUGGACAGCCACUUAACUGGAUUUCUUUGGAGCAAAAUGGCAUUAUGGUAGAACUGCCACAGCUAACCGUUCGUCAGAUGCCAUGUAAAUGGGGCUGGGCUCUAGCACUAACUAAUGUGAUCUAAAGUGCAGCAGAGUGGCUGAUGCUGCAAGUUAUGUCUAAGACUAGGAACUAUCGGGUGUCUAUAAUUAUAGCACAUGGAGAAAGCAAAUGUAAAAUUGGAUAAGAAAAUUAUUUUGGCAAUUCAGCUCUUUCCCGUUUUCCCACUAAAUUUUUUCUUAAAUUAUCAUUUUAACUCUCCGGUGCACUUUGCCAUUAAAGUCUCUUCAUAUUGAUUUGUUUCCA